AUGACGGUUCUCCUGGAUUCGAGAUACGUCGCCCUUAGGAGCCCGCCAAACGCCGGUGUCCUGGGUGUUGUGGCAGAUGUCUUCCUGCUUCUCCUUCUUAUUGCAUCUUAUAUUCCACAGUAUAUUCGCAUCAGAAAGCUUAGAAGUACCCAUGGAAUCUCAUUCUAUUUUGUUCUGCUUCGCUCCAUCUAUGCAACAGCCAGCCUUUCGAACUUAUUAAUGUUGGCUCCUGUCUUCUGGAAUGUACAAAAAUGCCGGACUACAUACUCGCCGGGACGGUGCUUCUCGGAAAAUUUAGUCGUUUGGCAAAUGGCGGCAGACUGGGUGUUUUCACAGGCAAUUCCUCAAUCUAAUCACCGGCCGUCUUCUUCCUCAUCGGAGGACGGGGUGGGGCAAAUUCCCGUACGAGAAGCUGCCCGUAAUAUGGCUGCUGGUGUUACGAUUGCCGUUCUUGUUAUUUAUCUAUUUCUCCUUGGCCCUUCCAUCGGAUUUGUGACAUCAUACCCAAUUCGGGAUCCUGGUUACUACAUUCUUCUACAGACAUGGUCCUUUGUCCUUAUCGGAGCCUCGUGCCUACUCGUGAUAAUCAGCUUCCCGACGCAGAUAUAUCACACAUACGCCUUAAAGCGAACCGGAGCGCUAAGUAUUCAAGCUCUGGCUAUACAAGUGCCCAUCUACAUUCUCCAGGCAGUAUCUCUGGCAACGUGGUUCGAAUUAAACAAAAACAGCAACUUCUUGGCGCUCUACCUAGGAGCCUAUAAUGCUUGGUUCAAUAUUUUACUUUCCUCUUUCUGGGAGUGCAUCUUGCUGGUUACAAGCAUGUGCUAUAUAUACCAAACACGAAAGUUGCACGGGCGGGCUUCUGAUACUGUGGGGCAUCAGAAUGCUGACGAAAGUGGUGAUUAUUUACCAGAUGAGAGAACACAUCUUCUUCGCGGUGAAAGUUCAAGUUUUACCGCAAGAUGA